AUGGCGUGGUCUAGGCAGACCUCGAGACCGGUAGACCGUAUCUAUGGCAUCAUACAAGCCGAUAAUCUGCGUGUGGGCAAGGUUAUUCGGCCGCAUGAUAACACUUCUCUGACAGAUCUCACCCAAGAUUCCAUCGUAGCACUAGCCAACAAAAAUUCUGUUCUAUGCCAGCUAUUUGUCCAUACGGCAAAACCUGGAGAGUUCUCAAGUUGGCGCAACACAGAACAUUCGUUCGUACCAGCUAACUUCAGAUCUGCAACAGGAUACGUGUUAAAAGCUCGAUUCCAUCCCGAGAGUAAACAAGCCAUGAGAGCAAGCGGUAGAGUAUGCCGCUUGACUGAUGCACUUGAGGUGCAGGAUACCCUAGUUCGGCUCCUUAAGGAAAUAGACAAGUCCACGUCGGCAGCAUUUUGUAACUGGGAUUCACAUCCCGCUCGUCUCAUAAUCAUGACAGAUGCCGGAUUCACGCAGGAACAUCUGAACCCCAACUGUCCCAAGUGGGAGCUCGAUGUACCGGAUUUCCUUUGGCUGCAACCUCAGGUAGCUAAAUUGCCACUGGUUCUCCAUGGUUAUUUCACGUUGGAGGUUUUGACACAUCUCGAGGGAAACCCAGUUCCAUCCUUCGGAGCGUUGCUGUGCUGCUUUGCCCAUAAAUCAGCCGGUGAAUUUGACUGCUGACAUUGUCAAUGGGCAGACGUUCCUUACAUGCGGGUUGUACUUUGCACCUGGGAGCCUGAAAGUGAGGAAGGGAGGCGGAUGAUGAAUGAGGACAUUGACUGGAAGCCUG